UCGCUGUCUAGGCAAGGUUGUUUCGCUUUCAUUUUACAUGUAAUAGAUUUUACUAUAUACUUACUAGAUUUAUUACAGAUAUAGAAAGUCUAAUUACUUAUAAAUAAAAAAUUAUAAUGUGAAUGAAUGUUUUACAAUGGCCCUGAAAACAGAUGUGGUAAAACCAAAAAUUAUUAAAACUUUUGAAUCGGACGACUUCGAAAGAUUGCUAAAAGGUUUGCGAAUUGCAACAUGUAUGCUCACCGAGUCUCAUCAAGUUGUCGAUGAAAAAAGUGUGUUAAAGCGUUUGAAUGCUUUAACUAUCAAUGGACCCGCUGACGGCAACUGCUGCUCGUGCUGUGGUGUUGGUCCAUUUAAAACUAGAGAGCAGCAAAUAGCACAUUACAAGCAUCACUGGCACACACAUAAUUUAAAAAGAAAGCUGUUCGGAAAGACUGCUUUGUCUUUAGGACAGUUUAAUUCUAGACAAGGUGACUCAAGUGUAUCAGGCAGCGAUUCAGAAACAGAGGGUAACAACAGCACCCCAGCAACUGAUCUAUUUGCUGCUGCUACCAGGCACUGUAAGGCUUUCUUUACUAAUAAGAAGGGCCAGGUGUUCUGUAUUUAUAGGUGCAUAUUGCAUCAUCGGAAGGAAGAACUAUCCACUGAUGGCGAUGGAAGCGCAUGGGUGGAGCGAUGCCAGCGUCUGACAAUAGCUGGGUAUCAGCGGUGGGCGGUGCUGAUGGUAUCUGGCGGGCACUUCGCUGGCGCUAUCUUCUCUGGCGAAGUACCGGUGGUUCACAAGACGCAUCACUCGUACGUGACCCGUCGAGGACAGGGACAGGCGCAGACAGCUCGCGACCAGCACGGGCCUGCACCACGCUCCUCCGGGGCCAGCCUCAGGAGGUACAACAUGGCGCAGUUCUUGGAGCACGUUCAAGAAAUCAUGGCUGGAUGGGCGGAAGACCUGGCCGGUUGUUCUUUAAUAUUAUAUCGAGCAGUAGGAUCAUUGAAUCAGUCUGCUAUAUUUGGGAAAAAUUCACCUCUAAAUAGAGAUGAUUUCAGAGUGAGAGCGCUGCCAUUCCCAACGAAAAAGCCUACAUAUAAAGAAGUUCAAAGGGUUCAUCAAACAGUCGCCAGUAUGGAAGUUUAUGAAACAAUGGAAUUAUUCCAAAAGGCUUUAAUAUCAUCCUUCGGAGUGAACCCGGCAUCUUCUGAAACAAAUGUUGAACGGAAAAAGACCCAAAAAAGUCCUCACAAGCCUAUAGAUAGGGCGAAAUCCAGAGAGCGUGCCCCACGUGAGUUGCCAACACAAAUGGUGUCAAGUGAAGACGAAGGCCCAUGUUACAUCGACUCUGAGACACCUGUUGAUUGGAUUAAGACAUUAUCAGAGCAAAGUAACAAAGGGUUUAUUACCAAUUCUAGAAAGGAUCUUCUUAAUGACUGCAAUAUUGCAUGUCCGGAGAGUUCUGACAGUGAAGUUGAAAACAUGCCAGAGAAGAAGGAUCAGAAGAAGAAGAAGAAAAAGAAACCUGAUGAAAAUAAACAAGAAAACAAGCAAGCUAAGAAACAGCCGGUAAAGAUUUCACCGAACGUUAAAAAGUUGUGGAAAUUAAUAUCCGGCGAUCAGUGUGAUAAUCUGGCGACGAUACUAGAAGGUUGGGAGAGUGCUGAGGAGUUGGAGGCAGCAUGUAAUAUACAAGACCCGGCUGAUGGCAAUACAGCACUUCACAAAGCUGCUAUAGCCGCUAAACCAGAAUUUGUUACACAGUUGUUAACAGUGGGCGGUAAUCCUUGUAUAAAGAAUCACGAUCUGAAGACACCAUACGCGGCAACACCAAACCCAGAUACAAGAAUUGCUUUCCGAUUGUUCCAGGGACAGUUUCCUGACAAAUAUAACUAUGCUAAGUCACAAAUUCCGGGCCCGGUAACUCCAGAACUUCUAGAACAGGAAAAAGAAAGGAAAGCGCAACAGAAGCGCGCGAAGCGACAGCGAGACCGGGAGAAACAAGUAGAGAAGAUACGCACCAAUAAGUUCCUGCAAAUGACUGAUAAGGAAAAGACAAAACUAGACGCGCCUCGGUGUUUCCUGUGCGGUACGCAACUACCGAAGAUGCCAUUCGAGUAUGAUCAGUACAAAUUCUGCAGUAUUAGAUGCCUUCAAAACCAUAGGAACGUUAGACCCUUGAAGAUGAGUGCGUAACGUUUACAAUUAUAUCGUCAGUUCUUUUCAGUUCUAGAAUAUUUUCAUUGAGAGUGGAGGUAUAUGCUUUUUUCUCACUUUUUUCUAUAUGCUAAUGCAUUGUAACGCCAUCUAGUGAUAAAAGUUAUAAUUAUAAAUUACAUGAAAUGUGAUAUUGAAAUAAGAACAGUGUUUUUAGAA